UAUAGCCUUGCCUUAAAGAGAGCUUGAGCUGCAGACAGUGCCCAGGCAGCUGGUGUUUCUUUGUUUCUGAGCCUGGUGGUGUUUUUUCCUGUUGGGGAUCGGACUAGAAAAACCAUGGCCAAGUACGUGGAGCUCUACACCAAAGCCAAGAUGCCCAUUUUGGGGCUGGGCACCUGGAAGUCUCCACCAGGAAAAGUAGCAGAGGCUGUGAAAAAGGCCAUCGAUGUGGGAUAUCGCCAUUUCGACUGUGCCUAUGUGUACCAAAAUGAAAAUGAAGUUGGCAAUGGAAUCCAAGAGAAAAUCAAUGCAGGGGUUGUAAAGCGUGAGGAUCUUUUUGUUGUCAGCAAGCUUUGGUGCACAUUCCAUGAAAAGGCCCUGGUGAAGAGUGCCUGUAAAACAACUCUUGCAGCCCUGAAACUAGAUUACCUGGACCUCUACCUUAUUCACUGGCCUGUAGGAUUCAAGGCUGGAGAUGAUCUGUUUCCUACCGAUGAAAAAGGCAUGAUCAUACCCAGUAACACAAAUCUUCUAGAUACUUGGGAGGCAAUGGAAGAGCUGGUGGAUGUGGGAUUAGUGAAAGCCAUUGGGGUUUCCAAUUUCAACCAUGAACAGAUCGAGAGAAUCUUGAACAAGCCUGGAUUGAAGCACAAGCCUGCAAAUAACCAGAUUGAAUGCCACCCGUAUCUUAUUCAGGAAAAGUUGAUCAAUUAUUGCCAGUCCAAAGGGAUCUCUGUGACAGCAUACAGCCCCCUUGGCUCUCCCGACAGACCAUGGGCCAAGCCAGAAGAUCCAUCGCUCCUGGAUGAUCCUAAGAUCAAAGAGAUUGCUGCUAAGCACAAUAAAACUGCAGCACAGGUCCUGAUCCGGUUUCAUAUUCAAAGAAAUGUGAUUGUGAUUCCCAAAUCCGUCACCCCUACACGAAUUGAGGAAAAUUUCAAGGUAUUUGACUUUGAGUUGUCUAAGCAAGAAAUGGAAACAAUUCUCAGUUUUAACAAGAACUGGAGAGUAUGUGCACUUAGCACGACCAUCAACCACAAGGAUUAUCCAUUCAAAGCUGAAUAUUAACAUCUGAUUGUCCUGAAAGUUUUCAAACCACAGUGUGGACUGUUUCUGUUGACCUCUGUUCUUUCCAUAUCACAUCUAUCUGAGCUUUCUCCAGCCUAGAAGUUGUACUUUUUGAACACCAGCAUUUUAUCCUCCUUCUUUCUUGUUGGCAAAAUAUUUUUUAUCAAGACAACUGCAGAGCUAUAAGGCACUGAGUUCCAUAUUGCCACUUC